ACGUCAUUUUUCACAAGGUUUCUCGAUCGUCAUCUCAUCUCUCUCCCCGGAAAAUUUUAUAUAUCGAUGAAUAUCUAGAAAUGUCGUUGAGGAAUUACGCUGCCGUUAUCGCUUUGAUCGUCUUCGCCGUCGUGUCUCCUUUCGCCGGCGCUCAACCCCUAGCUCCUGCUCCUUCUCCCACAAGCGACGGAACAUCGAUCGAUCAAGGAAUAGCGUAUUUGUUAAUGGUGGUGGCGUUGGUGCUGACGUAUAUCAUUCAUCCCCUUGAUGCAUCUUCUUUCUUCUGAUGAUCUCUGUAUAAUCAAAUCUUAGAGUUCUAAUUGACAGUUCUGAGUUUAUAGUUUCUUAUAUAAUUUGAUUAUUGUACAUGUACACUCCUUUAGCUAUGAGCCUAUGACUAAUAUAUUCAUUUAUUAUUA